AUGACUAUGGUUAAAUCACUUAAAGAUAAAAAUGACUCUUCCUCUGCCACUUCAUUAACAGAGCUACUUACAGGGCAAUCUUCAACUCCAGAAAAUAUUCCUGCAUUACAAUAUGGGCAUGAAAUGGAAGAGGAAGCAAGGCAACACUACUUAGAAGAAAUGAAGCGCCUUGGCCAUAAAGAUGUAAAAGUAGAACCUUGUGGAUUAUUUGUAAUGCAAAAUAAGUCUUUUCUAGGUGCAAGCCCUGAUGCAGUAGUUAGUUGUAGUUGUUGUGGUACGGGAGUAUUAGAAAUUAAGUGCCCCUAUAGUAUUGCAAACCUAAUUCCCUCUGAGAGUAACUUGACGUAACUCAGAAAAACUGCAGUGGAUGGCAAAGUUAAUUUAGUAAGCAGCCAUCCAUAUUAUAGCCAGGUACAAACCCAAAUGGGUGUUACUGGGAGAAGAUGGUGUGACUUUUUGGUUUAUACACGUCAUGGUAUUCACUUAGAGAGGAUCAUGUUUGAUCAGCAGAGGUGGCUACAAAUUCUAUCUGCAGCUGAAUAUUUUUUUAAUAACCACAUUGCUCCAGUGUUAAUUCAUAGUAACACUUCUGGUAGUUAA